AUGCCUGCAAGGUUUUUAUUAUUUUACGGCCAAACCACAGAUCCCAAUGCACUAAGUGGUACAGGAGAAACUGAGGAGUGCACUGAUGCAUCUGGCAAGCAUUCAGUACGCACAAGGCAAGGCCCACUGCUGAAGGACACAGUGAUUGGUAAGAGACUACACGUGACAUCGUGCACUGACUGCAUGAAGGAGAUGGCGUUCACAUGAGUAUCACUCAAGUUUGGGAAAUGACUGGAGAAAUAUGAUACUGAUGUAACAGGGUCAUCUGUUACACUGACAAGAGAUGAUACUGAGAAGAUACAGUGGGGAAAAAAAGUAAUUAGUCAGCCACCAAUUGUGCAUGUUCUCCCACUUAAAAAGAUGAGAGAGGCCUGUAAUUUUCAUCAUAGGUACACGUCAACUAUGACAGACAAAAUGAGAAUUUCUUUCUCCAGAAAAACACAUUGUAGGAUUUUUUAUGAAUUUAUUUGCAAAUUAUGCUGGAAAAUAAGUAUUUGGUCAAUAACAAAAGUUUCUCAAUACUUUGUUAUAUACCCUUUGUUGGCAAUGACACAGGUCAAAGUCUUCACAAGGUUUUCACACACUGUUGCUGGUAUUUUGGCCCAUUCCUCCAUGCAGAUCUCCUCUAGAGCAGUGGGCAACACAGACUUUCAACUCCCUCCAAAGAUUUUCUAUGGGGUUGAGAUCUGGAGACUGGCUAGGCCACUCCAGGACCUUGAAAUGCUUCUUACGAAGCCACUCCUUCGUUGCCCGGGCGGUGUGUUUGGGAUCAUUGUCAUGCUGAAAGACCCAGCCACGUUUCAUCUUCAAUGCCCUUGCUGAUGGAAGGAGGUUUUCACUCAAAAUCUCACAAUACAUGGCCCCAUUCAUUCUUUCCUUUACAUGGAUCAGUCGUCCUGGUCCCUUUGCAGAAAAACAGCCCCAAAGCAUGAUGUUUCCACCCCCAUGCUUCACAGUAGGUAUGGUGUUCUUUGGAUGCAACUCAGCAUUCUUUGUCCUCCAAACAUGACGAGUUGAGUUUUUACCAAAAAAAUCAAUUUUGGUUUCAUCUGUCCAUAUGACAUUCUCCCAAUCCUCUUCUGGAUCAUCCAAAUGCACUCUAGCAAACUACAGACGGGCCUGGACAUGUACUGGCUUAAGCAGGGGGACACGUCUGGCACUGCAGGAUUUGAGUCACUGGCGGCGUAGUGUGUUACUGAUGGUAGGCUUUGUUACUUUGGUCCCAGCUCUCUGCAGGUCAUUCACUAGGUCCCCCCGUGUGGUUCUUGUGAUCAUUUUGACCCCACGGGGUGAGAUCUUGCGUGGAGCCCCAGAUCGAGGGAGAUUAUCAGUGGUCUUGUAUGUCUUCCAUUUCCUAAUAAUUGCUCCCACAGUUGAUUUCUUUAAACCAAGCUGCUUACCUAUUGCAGAUUCAGUCUUCCCAGCCUGGUGCAGGUCUACAAUUUUGUUUCUGGUGUCCUUUGACAGCUCUUUGGUCUUGGCCAUAGUGGAGUUUGGAGUGUGACUGUUUGAGGUUGUGGACAGGUGUCUUUUAUACUGAUAACAAGUUCAAACAGGUGCCAUUAAUACAGGUAACGAGUGGAGGACAGAGGAGCCUCUUAAAGAAGAAGUUACAGGUCUGUAAGAGCCAGAAAUCUUGCUUGUUUGUAGGUGACCAAAUACUUAUUUUCCACCAUAAUUUGCAAAUAUAUUCAUAAAAAAUCCUACAAUGUGAUUUUCUGGAUUUUUUUUUUCUCAAUUUGUCUGUCAUAGUUGACGUGUACCUAUGAUGAAAAUUACAGGCCUCUCUCAUCUUUUUAAGUGGGAGAACUUGCACAAUUGGUGGCUGACUAAAUACUUUUUUUCCCCACUGUACAUGUACCUUAAAGGGGAAUGUUGAAUCUCAUCUCAUACAGUACUGUAUGUAUGCGCACAUCUCAAAGUAACCAAUAGAAUGUUAAUUUUUGAGAAUGGAUUUACGUAGUCCUAUAAUAACAUCAAUAGUAUAUUCUGUGCAAUGUGUUCUUCUGGGCAGAUUUUCUAUGAAACUCUUCUAUGUUCCAUAGAACUCUUCUAACUAUACUGUAGAUGUAGCUAUAGAAAUGAAGAAAAAAUAAGAUCUGAUGCCAUAGAAAUGCUUGUUGUGUUGUGUGUUUGUGUGCAUUAUUGUAAUGCUUUAUGUGUUCAAUUCACAAGACACUGAAAGCUUCUUGAUUUUCAAAUGUUCCACAAAUCAUUGUAAAUCAAACUGUGGAUAGGAUCUCCACAACAAGAAAAUUACCCUAUGCCAAGACUACCAGAAUUUCCGGGCCUACUGGUUGAGGAUCUGUUCGUCAUGAGAAGAUGUCAGUAGACACCAACACUUCAUAUGCUCUGAACUGAAAUACUACAUUUUACAGAUCAGAAGACAAAGUUGUCAAUGUUCUAUUAUUCUGUUACUUUAUUCCAAGUAGAAGUAAAAAAUUCAAAACACCAGAUGAAGAGGACAACCAUGGAUGAACUACAGUUUCUUGAAGAAUCUUUACACCGUUACCAGUUCAACCAGACAUUAUUAACAAAUUGAAAAUACUAGUGGAUUGGACAUUUGCGAGAAGAUGCACAUGAUAAACACAGAUACAAUGAUAACUUUACAAAGUGCCUAAAUGAUGAGGAGGGUAAUAAUAAUAAUAAAAUACACAAAGGAACCAAAUGUGGCAGGAGGGCAAAAUACAUGAAGUGAAAAAUACAUUAAGUGAAAAUGAUAUAUAUAAAAAAAGGAAGAAGAAGAAGAAGAAGAUAAAUCAGAAAUGCAUUGAUCAAGAGUAUAAUUUGAAAAGUACAUAAAGCAACCAUGUGGCGGGGAGCAGUACAUGAAGUGGAUGAUGAAACAGUCCCCAAAAAAGAGGAAGAGAAAAUAAUCUGAACAAGAAAAAAAAUGGAACUCUUGUGAUAACAUUGACUGGACAUACAUCGACUACCCAUUAUCCUACUCAAGACAGCCAAAAUAAUAAUUUAUUCAGAGCACUAUAAAAUGGCAUUAGAUGUUAACAUCUGGUAAGUAUGUCUGAUCCAAAUGUAAUAAAACCAGUCUUAAGUUCCUAAUUGUUUGCUGUUGUGUAUGCCAGAUCCAGGGGUUCAGUUCGUAAGCGGGUUGUCGAACGUCCAUGCCCUCAUAGGCCAGCCUGCUGAACUGAUGUGUAAGCUGAGCAGUGAUAAUUGUGAAGGGGCCUGGUACAGAGAUAGCAAGAAGGUUAGACUGAAUUAUCUUUGUCAUGCUCACCCCCAACAUUUUUUUGAUUUGAUAAUAUCUUAAGAUAAACGAUAAUAUAUUAUUGGUGCCUAUAUCUUUACUGACAGUUGACUGCAGACGAUGGACACAUAAUGUCCAGAGAUGGUGCAAGCCACAAGCUGGUCAUCAACCGUUGUCAGGAGGAAGACUCUGGAAAAUACCGCUUUGAGGCAGACGGGCGUAAAACUGAGGCAAUGCUGAAUGUGGAAGGUUAGAAAAUGAAAGGCAUUAAUUUUGGUUACAUGUACAUUACGAUGUCUACACUGUCUCAACAUAAUUUUAAUUACCAUUUCACAAUACUCAAAUUAUAAAAUCAUUAUGCAUUUGAAAAAAAUCAUAUCCAAUUUUAGUAUUCAGAUUACAAAAUCUGACAUCAUCGCAGUUGAGUCAACUGUCAGUUACAUUGCAUGAUCUGUGUCCUAUUCCAGACCCUCCUAGGUUUGACACUGAUGACCUGUCAGCAUUCUCUCAGCCGGUCAUAGUCAAAGUGGGGAAUAGCACCACGUUCAAACUGCCCUUUGUGGGCCGCGAGCCCAUGAAGAUCCAGUGGUACAGAAAAGGAGAGCAGCUCCUGGACGACAACACCACCAAGAUAGAGAAGUCCUUCAACCAAAGCCGCCUGCUCCUCAGCAAGUGCCAGCGCAAAGACACUGGAGAGAUCAAGAUCAAGCUCAAGAACGAACAUGGUACCAUGGAGGCUAUCACAAGACUCAUCGUCCUCGGUGAGUUGAGAAAUGGAACCAAUGUUAGAAUUAGUUCAAUUCAAGAAUUCAAGGUAAGAACUGUCUCAGCUCAAUCAUUGUUCACAGAUAUUCAGGUGUAUCUGUGCUGUGGACAGUCAGUUCUCUCUCUUACAUUCCAAUGCAGACACAUGACUGCAGACUGUUUAGGCCAGGGUAAUGUGACCUCUCUCUCUCUAUCUGAUCUGGUAGACAAACCCACCCCGCCCCAAGGCCCUGUGGAGGUCCUCGAGAGCACAGCCUCUUGUAUUAAUAUCAAAUGGAGAGCUCCAAAGGACGACGGUGGCUGCCCAGUAAUAAACUACAACCUGGAGCGCCAGCAAGUGGGCCGCAACACUUGGAAGAAGCUGGGGGACAUCCCUGGCGUGCCCAAAUACAAGGAUAACGACGUGGAACAUGGCAGGAAGUACUGCUAUCGUAUCAGGGUGGUCACCGAGGAGGGCGUCAGUGAGAUGAUGGAGACUGAUGACCUCACAGCUGGCACCUUGGGUGAGCUAGUUGUAUGGCAUAGAUAGCAGGUUUAUAGCUGAUCUCAACAAUGUGAUGUAAGUUGUUAUAUGCUGUCAUUAGAAUCUACUUCAAAAGUUGUGCUUACGAUAACCUUAUUUAGAUAUUAUGACAGAACAUUUUGAAAAGUGUUACCCAAAGAACAUGAAAUGUUAUGUAACUUUCCCUGAAAUAUCUCAGCCUUUCCUAGUAGCCCCGCCCCACCAAAAGUGGCUAGUGCUUUUAACAACUGCAUCAACCUGACAUGGUCUACCCCGACCGACACUGGCGGAUCUCGCAUACUGGGCUACAACUUGGAAAAACGCAAGAAGGGGAGUAAUCUUUGGAGUCCCGUCAACCCUACAGAUGAGCCUAUCCAAGGUCUCUGCUUUUUGUGAAUUAGGGCCGUUAGUAUACCACAGCUUCUUUGGUUUAAUUUAUUCAAUUGUAUUGGACUUUCUGUGACUGAUUCUGUUUAUCCUCACUACUAGAAAAGAAAUGUGAAGUGACAGAUGUUGUAGCAGGGAACGAAUAUGAGUUCAGAGUUUAUGCUAUCAACGUCUCUGGAUUCAGCGAGCCCAGUGCACCUUCAGAGUUUAUUUUCGCAAAGGACCCAAAAAGUAAGUCACACAUCCUUUCAAAGUGCGAGCAACAUGUAUAACUAUCAAAACCAUUAACUGGAUAAACAAUGUUUCAUAAUUGUGCUUAGCUCUACUUCCUGCAAUCAAGACUGCCUCUGUUUGUUUGUUUGUUUGUUUUAGAUCCCCCAGGGAAAGUGGAAGAUCUGAAGGUGACAGACACCUCCUACACCGCCCUCUCCCUGUCCUGGAACAAACCCACAGAGGAAGUGGGGGUCCAGGAUGAGGCCAAAGGGUAUUUUAUAGAGGUCAGGCAGGCUGAGUGCAUAGACUGGACCCGCUGUAAUGCCACCCCCAUCAUCCUGACCGCCUUCACUGUGAAAGGCCUGAAGGCCAUGGCCAUGUACUGGGUCAGGGUGAUCGCUAUCAAUGAUGGAGGAGAGGGAGUGCCCCAGGAUCUGGACAACUACAUCCUGGCCAUGCCUCCACCUGGUGGGUGACGGUGAUGCUUUCAUUAGGAAUAGUGUUGGAUUGUUUGUCUGUUUUAGCCCACAAUGGGGAUAAUCUCCCAAGAGUCCUUAUAAGCAUAUAUAAGUAAGCAUUACAUAAGAUGAGUUUCAAAUGUCCUCAUUUAUUUUUGUCACUGUUUUUCAGUGAGACCAUGUUUCACCGAUAAUAAGAUGAAGAGUUUCAUGGUGGUGAGAGCAGGGAAUUCUGUCAGGAUCCUCUUGAACUUUGAGGUAAGAGGGUAAGAGGUGAAACUGUUAACUCAUCUUUCUCUAAACGCUAUUAUCCUUAGAUGGCAUUGGUAGGUCUUUCCGGUAGUUUCCUGGAAUUGGCUUAUGCUUUAAGAGCAUGAUCCAUGUGCAAUGCAUACUAUCGUGAUGUUUUGAAUCCUGAUUAUCAUCUUGUUAUUAACAGGCAUCCCCAUGGCCAGAAGUCACGUGGCUGAAGGACGAUGUUCCAGUGCUGAAGCGGGUCAAUAUCUCCAACUCUGAAUCGUCAUCUCAACUUCUGAUCACUUCUUCUGAGCGCUCUGAUUCAGGGAUCUACACCAUAGUGGUAAAAAAUCUGGUGGGCCAGGAGAGCUUCAGUGUGGAGGUCAGGGUUACAGGUACAGUAACAUACAGUAAAGCUCUCCUAGUGUGUUUCAGACUGAGAAGGGAUUAGAACUUGCACAAAAUGAAAAAGACAGCCAGGGCCAGCAAAAUAUCAGCAGACACAAUGAACAUCGGCCAUAAUUGAAUCAACAACAAUUACCACCAAAUGAUAGAAUGUCCUCCCAAAGUGUAACAUCCUACUGACUAUCAUCUCUGACUCUGGCUCUAGAUGAUCCCAAGCCUCCAGGACCAGUAGAACUUGAGGAGAACGUCCCAGGCACUGUGACAGUGAUCUGGGAGCCAUCCCCUGAUGAGAAGCGUGACGACCACCUCCACUACUCUGUGUCUAAACGGGACUCCACCAAAGGCUCAUGGAGCACAGUGGCCGACAGGCUCUUCAACAACAAGUUCACGGCUUGUAACAUUAUGCACGGCAGGGAGUACCACUUCAGGGUCUACGCCAAGAACGACAUGGGCAUGUCUGCCCCGUCUGAGUCUCCCACUUGGGGAAGCGAGAGGAGGAAAGGUAUUAGUAGCCAGGCACAGAGAAAUUCUUUGCCAAGUCAUAUAAAUCAGCUUUUAUGGAUAGACUGGCACUAAUACAGUCAUUAAGCUCAACAUUUGACAAGUACUAAUGUGUUAUUAUAACUGUUUAUUACAAAUGUAUAAGCAUUUUAUCUUUCUGCCAUGUUUCUUCUCUAGACAAAUUUGUGUUGAACAUGCCAGCCUACAAAACAUGUGAUUUGCGGACCGCUCCAGCCUUCCUUGUGCCACUGAGACAGCACACAGCACCCAAAGGCUACGAGUGCUAUAUGAGCUGUGCCAUAAAGGGAAAUCCCAAGCCUCGCAUCACUUGGUACCGCAACAACAUCAGUCUCAACACUAACACCAACUACUUGAUCACCAACAUCUGUGGCGUCUGCUCCUUGCUGAUACUCCGUGUGACCCCCAAAGACUGGGGCGAGUACAACAUCCAAAUAGAAAGUGCCCUGGGGAGGGCCGAGUGCUCCACCAAACUCACAGUCAGAGGUGAGAACUCCACUGACCUACUCUGA